UAUCAUCACAUGGAUUCACAUUGGAACUUGAAACCACUGUUUGUUAUAUAUGCAUACAUGAAUUGCAGUGAUUCAGAAGAAUCAGAUGAUGAACAUAUCAAUAUCAUGCAUGCCCCAAACUGAAAGUGCUUUUCAUUUCAUUCAGCUACAGGGCCGGCAGAAACAGAGAAACGUUUCGCAAUUCAUAUGCAGAUGAAGGCCAUGUUUCGUCUAUGCAUGAUCGAAAAGCACAAAGAGAGAGUAGAAGUUUGAUUUCCAUUUGAUUUGAGGGUUAAGUAAGAAACUGAUAAAACACAAUAACACCAAAGCAAACACAAAUGGAAUGUUACAUUCUCAUCAUCCCAAGAUUCUCCACAGCCUCAACUCAAAGGUUGUCUGCAGAUUUUCUUGACACUGAGAAUUUGAGUAGCGGCCAAGAAAAAGUGGCUUGAUUCGGUGCGGUGUGGUCCGCAUGUCAGCAAUCCCCUGAGAAUCUGAGAUUCAGUCAUGCGCAGCUUCGAUUGUAAUUCAGUUCCUCAGUGCGACUGAUGAAAAGAAAAAGAUGGCUUUUUAGUAGUUAAAAAGGUCAACUGCCCCGCAUAUGCAUUCAUGCACCAGCAUUUCAGUACGGAAAAUCCAACAGAAAAAAAGUAAAAUCUCUGUUUGCACAAUUGUUGUCGCAGUCGCAGGUUGCUUGAAACAUGUCUAACCAGACGACCAAAUCUUAUCUCAGAGCUUCAGCUUCUUCCAGAGCAAAGGGGUCUCCGACUGCUGCGAGACCGGCAAGAGCAAAGUCGGUGUCCCCAGAUGUGAAUUCAGAGAGUUCGAGUAGUACGAGGAGAGCUCUUCAGCUCAGCAACAAGCCGAAAUCUGGGGAGUUGGUGUUGGGAUCUCAGAAAAGCAAGGAACUUGAGGAGAUUAAGGUUGUGGCUCGGACCCGAAAUCGCCAGGCCGCCGAGCAGUUCUCGAGAACGCGGCGGCUGAGGGCGGUGGAAUCCAAUUCCAAGAGAGAUGCUCUGAAUGAAGACGACCCACAUGGGAAAAACAGAGAAUUGCAGGAAAAGCUGGAGAUGAGUGAGAGUUUGAUCGCCGGGCUGCGGGCAGAGGUGGUGGCGCUGAAGGCGGAGCUGGAUAAGACUCAAGGUUUUAACAUGGAGCUGCAGUCGCAGAACGAAAGCCUCUCUCGGAAUCUCGCCGCUGCUAAGGCAAAGAUUUCAGCCUCUCCCUCUCCUGAACAGAGGGAGACAAAUGGAGAGUACCAGAGCCCUAAGUUCAAAGACCUUCAGAAACUCAUUGCCAACAAAUUAGAACGCUCAGUAGUUCAGAAAGAUGCAGUCAAUGAAACAAGUCCUCCUGUUAAAGCACCACCUCCUCCGCCACCAAAAUCUGCAAUUCCUAGAGUUUCCGCCACCCAAUGCGGACCACCACCACCACCCCCACCUCCACCAUCACUUCGGCUCCGACCCCCGCCCCCACCCCCACCCCAGUCCUCUGUGAGAGCAACUGGCGGUACCACUCAGAAGGCUCCAGCACUCGUAGAAUUUUAUCACUCGCUGAGGAAGCAAGAGGUGAAGAGGGAUUCUCCGGAAUCUCGAAACCAUCUUAAACCGGCAGCUACUAGUGCACAUAAUAGCAUUGUCGGAGAAAUUCAAAACCGUUCAGCACAUCUUUUAGCUAUAAAAGCAGACGUUCAAACAAAAGGAGAGUUCAUCAAUGACCUUAUCCAGAAAGUGCUGGCUGCAGCAUAUACCGAUAUAGAAGAUGUCCUAAUGUUUGUGGAUUGGCUUGAUGUUGAACUCUCAUCUUUGGCAGAUGAACGGGCUGUCCUAAAGCAUUUCAAGUGGCCUGAGAGGAAAGCUGAUGCCAUGCGAGAAGCUGCAAUUGAAUAUCGUGACCUUAAACUGUUAGAAAGUGAGAUUUCUUGUUAUAAGGAUGACACUGACAUUCCAUGUGCAGCUGCCUUGAAGAAGAUGGCUGGCUUAUUAGACAAGUCCGAGCGAAGCAUACAACAGUUAAUUAAGUUAAGAAAUUCAGUUAUGCGUUCUUAUCAGGAAUUGAAAAUCCCAACUGAUUGGAUGCUCGAUUCAGGGAUUGUGAGUAAGAUGGUGCAGAUAAAGCGGGCUUCCAUGAAUCUGGCUAAUAUUUACAUGAAGAGAGUGACGUUGGAGCUUGAAUCCAUUCGGAAUUCAGAUAGAGAGUCAAGUCAAGAAUCUCUUCUGCUUCAGGGUGUGCAUUUUGCAUAUAGGGCUCACCAGUUUGCCGGGGGUCUCGACUCUGAAACGUUAUGUGCUUUCGAAGAAAUAAGGCAGCGAGUACCGGGACACUUAGGAGGCUCCCGAGAGCUAUUGGCAGGCAUAGCAUCUUCCUAACAAACUACAAUGAGAGACUUGUUGCAGCCUGUACUACUGUAAUUAAAGUUAAAGGAUUAAUUAACUACCUUUCUCUUCUGUUA